AACGGCGUCGUUUAUCCUGUUCAUCACUCUCAUCUUCCUUACUCCAACCCUAAUCUCCCAAAAUUGUACUCUUUCAUUGGCUCCCAUCUUGCCGUCUUAUCCAGUUGGCAUCGACAGGCAGAAUGGAUAACUGAAAUGCUCCAGAACUCGCCGAAUUCAACAUUCGUCAUACAUGGACCACUGGGUAUUCGCCAAUUAUUCACUGCAAACCCAGCUAAUGUUCAUCACAUUCUCAAAAGCCAUUUCCCCUAUUACACCAAAGGUAGGGUUUUUCGAGGAAAUCUGCAUGAUUUUUUAGGUAAUGGAAUCUUUGGUGUUGAUGGGGAUACUUGGAAGUUCCAGAGACAGAUUUCAAGCCAUGAAUUCUAUACUAAAUCUCUCCGUAAAUUCAUUGAAACUGUUGUUGAUACUGAGAUUUUUAACCGUUUAAUCCCCAUACUCUCAGAUAAUAAAGAACGGGUAUUGGAUUUUCAAGAUAUUCUUCAAAGAUUUGCUUUUAAUAAUAUAUGUGAGAUUGCUUUUGGGUUUGAUCCGGAAUGCUUGGCGCCAUCUCUUCCACAAGCUGAGUUUGCAGAAGCCUUUGAAGCUGUGAAACUUAGCAGUGAACGCUUCAAGGUUCUUCCCAUAGUAUGGAAGACCAAGAGGCUUUUAACCAUUGGAUCAGGAAAAGAUCUCAACUUUUCAUUAUCCCAAAUCCGGAAAUUAGCAUCUACCAUCGUCAGAGAAAAGAAGCAGGAAUUUAUCAACAACCCAUCUUUAGAAUCUGCUGAUUUGCUCUCAAGAUUCUUGAUCUCUAACAUUUCAGAUAAAAUUGUCAUAGACAUUGUCAUUAGUUUCAUCCUUGCAGGCCGUGAAUGGUUUUUCUGGUUGAUUUCAAAAAACCCAGAUGUGGAAAACCAAAUUCUUAACGAGAUUAAGGGGAUACAACCCAAUCUUCCAGUUUUUGAUCAAGUAAAGAAUAUGGUUUACACUCAUGCCUCUCUUUGUGAAAGCAUGAGACUUUACCCACUAGUACCAAUGGAUACUAAAGUAGCAUAAGAAGGUGAUAUUAUGCCAGAUGGGACAAGGGUGAAGAAAGGGAUGGCAGUGACUUAUCAUCCAUAUGCAAUGGGGAGGAUGAAGGAGAUAUGGGGAGCAGAUUGGGCAGAGUUUAAACCAGAGAGAUGGUUGGAAAGAGAAGCAACAAGUGGAAAAUGGAGGUUUAUAGGGAAAGAUCCAUACAUGUAUCCUGUAUUUCAGGCAGGGCCAAGGGUUUGUUUAGGGAAAGAUAUGGCUUUCUUGCAAAUGAAGAGAGUGAUGGCUGUUGUUCUUUCAAGGUUCAAAGUGGUGCCUUCCAUGGUGGAUAGUGGGGAACCAGAGUUUUUGAUUCAUUUGACAGCAAAGAUGAUAGGUGGGUUUCCGGUUAGAAUUCAGGAGAGAUGGUCUAAUUUCUAGUUUACUAUUUUUUGGUUUAUUGUAAUUAGAUUGCCCAUGGUUUGACUAGAUUUGGCUAGGUAAGCUCAUUGUAUGUAUAGUUCAUGGUGUUGCUUAUUCUCAUGUUUGGAUUUAGUGGGUUGACUCUAAUAGUUUGAGAUUUAUAGCUAACUAGUAGUAGUAAUGUAGAACAAAACU